AUGACAAACGAUUCAUUCAUUUCUUUAGAACACGGGGUUUUUUGCCAGACCGAGCAUUUCAAAUUGAAGACUAUUAUUCAAAAUCUUGAGUUUGAAAAUAAGAAAUUACGUGAACAUUGUGACUUACUUGAAUUGAAAUGUGAAUUGAUAGAUCGAGAAAAGAAUGAAAAAGUUAAACAAAACAGAUCGCAAGAAAUCAAACUUAUCACUCAAGAAUUUGACAUUCUCGAAUGCAAAAUCAAGAAAUACGCCGAAGAAUUAGUAGACACAAAACAUGAACAAAUAAUUCUUGAGCGACAGCUUCAGCAAUUGGAAUUACAGAAUUCUGAACAAAAUUGUAUUAUCAAUCGAGCAACCAAAGAGAUUAAUCGUUUAAUAUCGAUUAUUUUAAAAUUGGAAGAAUCUGAAGCAGCGUUUCGAGAUGAGAACCAUAAUCAGAAAUUGCAAAUUCAAAGGCUAAAAGAUAAUAUUGCUGUUUUUGAUUCUGAACUGACGCAUUUUAAGGAAUCAAAAGACAGUGAAACCAAUGUAAAAUCACUUGUAUCAUCAAAUAACUUAUUAAGAGAACAAAUUAGCGAAAAUAAGCAUGAGAUAGAGAUGCUAAGUAGCAUGAUUUCGUCAUUCGAAAGAUCAAAAGCGUCUCUCACAGAAGGGAAUCACCAGAAGCAAAUAAUUAUUAACGACUUACAAGGCAAACUGGUAUCACUCAACACAGAGUUACAGAAUCUUACGAGGAAAGAAAAGACGUCGUCAUCACGAAAAAAGAAUUGGGAGUGGCUUUUUAAUCCAACGUUAAGUCCGUUAGAGAAAGCCAAUCAUUUCUUUCGACUACGAAAUGAGUAUCUAAAAGCAAAUGACACGAGUCAGUUGGAUGAGAAUAAGAUUCCGAUAGAGCAGUAUGUUGAAUAUUUGGGAAAGGAAUAUAAAACUAUGGAUGCCUUCCUUUCGAAUUUGAAUCUGUCUAUACAAUCUCUUUCUCUCAAAAAUAAUCGUUUCGGCGAUGAGAAAAAGAAACCGAAUUUUAUCCAUAACAAGUUGCUCAAUCCCAAUGACAAUAAAUCCUUGAAAAGUAACGCUAGCGAAAUCGAUAAGGCGACAAUACUCGAAUUAGCUGGACGACGCUUUAGCUUUCAGUAA